GUCAUGGCGUCCCCAAAAGAACCUGGGAAAACAGGGCCAAAAGAUGUAGACAACGAGGGGAUUGUGGCUCUUUUCCUGCGCAUUGGGAUUGAGGAGAAGACGGCAAAGACGACGGUGGCGAACACAAAGGUCACAAACAACCUGAUUGCCGUGAUUGAUGAGGCGGGCCUAAGCGCAGGGUGCGAUCGAGUCACUGGCAACCACCUCUACACCACUGCCACCAAGUUCCCUGCAAACGCCCUCGGCCACCGCAAGCACUUCUUAGAGUACAUAGCUGAUGGCCGGAUCAAGAGCAUCCCCCAGGUUGAGGCCGCUUUUGAGUACCUCGCCACUGUGGGGAGGGACGAGCUCAAUGUAGCGGAAUUCGAGGAGAAGGCAGGCGUAGGUGUGGAAGUAACGCCGGAGCAGAUCAAGGCGGCGGUGGCAGAGGUCCUCGCAGCCGACAAGGAGCGCUUACUCGUGGAGCGGUACAAAGCAAACACCGGCAAGAUCCAGAAGACAGUGCGGGAAAAGUUGCCCUUCGCUGACGGGAAGCUUGUCAAGGUUGAGUUGGACGAGCAGCUAUUGGCGCUGUUGGGACCCAAGACUGCAGAGGACGAAAAGAAGCCUGAGAAGAAGAAGGUCAAGCCUGCCAAAGCCCCCAAAGAGGAAAAGGCAGCGGAAGCCAAUGGCCCGACGACAGCGCCCGUGGAGGAGAGCGACCCGUUUGCCAUGUUCCCGAAACCUGCGGACAACUUCCAGGUCCAUACGGAGAUCCGGUAUAGCGACGGCAACAUUUGGCGACCCGCAAACUCCAAAGAGAGGCUUGCACGGCAUCUAAAGGAGACAGGGGGCAAGGUUCUGACUCGGUUUCCGCCAGAACCGAACGGUUAUCUUCAUAUUGGACAUGCGAAGGCAAUGUUCGUGGACUUCGGGUUGGCGCACGACCGGGACGGGGGGUGCUAUCUACGGUACGAUGACACGAACCCCGAAGCGGAGAAGCAGGAGUACAUUGACCACAUCCAGGAGAUUGUAGGCUGGCUCGGCUGGAAGCCUUGGAAGAUCACGUACUCGAGCGACUACUUCCAGGAGCUUUACGACCUGGCGGUAGAGCUGAUCAAGCGGGGACAUGCGUACGUCGAUCACCAGACUGCGGACGAGAUCAAGGACUUCCGGGAGCGUCGCGCAGAGAGUCCGUGGCGGAACCGUCCAACGGAGGAGUCGCUGCGGCUGUUUGACGAGAUGCGGCGGGGGUUGUGGGAAGAGGGCACCGCCACGCUGCGCAUGAAGCAGGACGUCAAGAACGACAACUUCAACAUGUUCGACCUGAUUGCAUACCGGAUAAAGUAUACGCCCCACCCGCAUGCUGGCGACAAGUGGUGCAUCUACCCCAGCUACGACUACACGCACUGCAUCGUCGACUCGUUGGAGAACAUCACGCACUCGUUGUGCACUCUCGAGUUCGAGACGCGCCGCGCGUCGUACUACUGGCUGCUGGAGGCGCUGGGGCUGUACCUGCCGCACGUGUGGGAGUAUGCGCGGCUCAGCAUUGCAAACACAGUGCUGUCCAAGCGAAAGUUGAACAAGCUGGUGACGGACCACUGGGUGGACGGCUGGGACGACCCCCGGCUGAUGACGCUAGCGGGCCUGCGGCGGAGGGGCGCCUCUCCGGAAGCCAUCAACUCGUUCUGCAGAGCGCUCGGCAUUACGCGCAGUGACAACAUCAUCCAGAUGGAAUUGCUGGAGCACCACAUCCGUGACGACAUGAACCGCCGCAGCGCGCGCACCAUGGUCGUGCUGAAACCCGUCCGUGUUGUCAUCACCAACCUGGCAGAGGGACACGUGGAGCAGCUGGAGGCGCUCGUGCGGCCGGAUAUCAAGGAGGACCAGGGGCACGGCACGUACAAGGUGCCCUUCUCCCGGGUGAUUUACAUCGAGGACACGGACGUACGGCUAAAGGAUUCGAAAGACUACUACGGCCUCGCGCCGGGAAAGACCGUCAUGCUCAGAUAUGCGUACCCAAUCACUUGCACCGAAAUCGUAACGGGGCCGGACAACGAGACGAUUGUGGAAGUGCGGGCGACGUACGACCCGGAGAAGAGCACGAAGCCAAAGGGGGUCAUUCAUUGGGUUUCUGAACCCGCUCCUGGCGUAUCGCCCCUCAAGGUGGAGGUGCGGCUGAUUGACCGGCUGUUCAAGUCCGAGAACCCGAACGAGCUGGACGACUGGCUAGCGGACCUGAAUCCGAACUCCAAGACCGUGAUUUCGGACGCUCUGGCAGUGCCCCAUUUGGCGGACGCCCGGAUUGGGGACAAGUUCCAGUUUGAGCGCCUGGGGUACUUUUGCGUUGACACGGAUUCGAAGCCAGGUCGGACGAUAUUCAACCGGACGGUCACCUUGCGGGAUUCGUAUCCAAAGGUUGGUGGCAAAGCGUGAUCAGCAGUGCGUUUAGAUAGCCGAGCUUGGGGCUUCGGACUUAUGAGGUCAACCGACGAUGCAUACUUCGGCUGUCAACGUGCCAUACUUCUGCAGUGCAAGUGUGUCACCUUGAGAUCCAAUGAUCCUGUCGUGGUCGACGACAGUUCCCUGAGACGCAAAAGGCAUAUC